AUAACAAAUAUUCAUUCUAUACACAUUUCCUUCUUCUUCAUCAUUUCUUCUCUAUUCUUGUUCAAUCUCUCAUAUUUAUACAAUAUGGGUAUCAAUUAUCCAACAAUGGUGCUCUCGUUGAGAGGUUGAACACAAUCAAGUGAGAAAACCUCCCCAAACUAUCAAAAUCAUUCCAAUCACAAAAAAAUCAGCCCAAAAAUGAUCUGGAAAUUUCAAAAAAAAAAGUCAGGAAUUAGAUCUGGAAAGAGCAACAAAAGAGAUCAGAAAAUUAGUUAUUUCCGAUAAAGUGCUGGAGAUUCUUGCCGGAAAGACCGUCACCAUGCCACCGGCACACGCCAUAGCAGAGGCUUGUAGCCUGCUAAAGCUCACCCCCGUCCCCGGGUCUGAGCUGAAGCCGCUGCAAGGUACAAGCUCCUUCACCGGACUUCAACAACUCACCUGCAACUCGCUCUGGGUUCCAGCGUCGCCGCCAGUCCAGGCCUCCGGUAGCGGGCUCUGCCAUCUCGCCAGCAAGCAGGUCGGCUAUGUUGCAGCACUUCCAGUCGCUCGCUCCCAUCUCGCCCGCCGGAGAAUCACCGCACCGUUGUUCACUUCUUCAAAAAAGAAAAUAGAUUUUUUCCAGAUCUAAUGCAUAACCGGCCAGAACCGAACCGACCGGUCAACGAGGACAAACAGCUUCACGCAUCUCUAGCUCCAUUGAACAGUGUCCGCCAUUAAUGGCCGCUAGGAAGCUCUGUCCUCGAGCCAAAACCAACCUCAUAUCGCGUGGAUCGGUCAAGGACGCCCCAAGCUCGAGCUCCACCGCGAGGAAAGCUCGCAGUCGCGACUAGAGCUCUCCCUUCCUCCCCUGUUCCGGCGACGACCGCAGCGGACGACCGCAGCGGAAGACCACUCAAGCGUGGUGGUCGGGGGUCUCCCCUCUCUGUCCGACGAAGCGAGGCUCCGGGCUGACGACUAGUUCCGGUGACAUCUUUGGACCGAUGAUGGUGAGAACAGGGUGGUGACAUCGAUUUCCGGCCGAGGCAGAGCGCAUCCCUAACUCUCCGUACAUCAUGGAGGAGAGGGUGGAAGAGCUGCCUCCCUUAUCUCCAGGCCUAUGACCUUCCGCUUUACUCCAGAUCUGAUGCCAGCUGUGGGAAAUGAAGGGCCAGGCUGAGACAUGCCAACAAGACUCCUGCAAUUAGCUAGUAUGGAAUGGGUCCAUGGGAACAGGACUGAAGAGUUGCCGCCUAUCUCCUCACGGGGCAUAUCCAGCUCAUCCAGUCUGGCUUAUUUCUCAACAUUUGGGACGGACGAAACUCAUUGCUGGGUCAAAUUUGGUCAAUUUCGUUGCAAUUUCUAUACGAGCCAAUAUUACAUUCUCACCAAUAAUAAUGGGCCGGACCAUUUUUGGGCAAGUUCUUUCAAAGGGCUGGAUUUCAACCCAUCAAAUAUUUCAGCUCACCUAAAAAGAUAAGUACUUUUUAAUUUUCAUAUUAUUUAUUUAAAUCAAUAUUUUUUGUCGGUUGAAUGUCACACUAUCACGCACUUAUGAUCAAAUACCUAGUAGAGUGUGGCUUGAGACCCAUCACUAGGAUUUAAAGCUCUGACUCAUCAGGCACAAAGCCCUGUCUCCUCAGGCACAAACAGGGGCGGAUGCACCCUUAGCUUAUGGGGGGCACUUGCCCCCAAUAAGAUCUUAAUAAUCCAUUGCAUCCACUAUGGAAAAACAAAUAAAACAAUGAUUUGCCCCCAAUAAAAAUAUAUAGUUGCCCCCAAUAAAUAAAUAAAAGUUGGUUUUCUUGCCCCACCCAUGCAUAAUUUAUCACCCUAUUGAAAUACUACUCGUAUAUAAAAAUCGGUACUUGAUGACAUUCUUAUCACAUCACAUUAUUAUUUAUACGGAUGCAUUUCUUUUUACAUACCUAGUAUAUAUUAAUGCUUAACUUUCUAUGACAGAGAUAUUUCUAAAGUUCACCCAAUGUCUUAUACAUAAUAUUUUAAUUUCAUACACAAUUUAUUACAAUGUGUUUAUUAAUAAAUAAUAAAAAAGUAUGUCAACUAUUUCUAGAUAUAUCAACUUUUUAUGUCCAGUCCAAAAUUAUUUCAUAUUUUUGAGGAAAAAAUCAUGUUAUUUAUAUUAUUUGGUUAUCAUAUACUAAUUAAAUACUCCAUGUAAAUCAUAAACGUCUCUUUGUGGCCAUUUUUUUGUUUUUAUAUACUCCUAUCUUGUAUUUCCACUUAUCUGUCUCUUUGUGGCCAUUUUUUUGUUUUUAUAUACUCCUAUCUUGUAUUUCCACUUAUCUGUCUAGGUGUAACAAAUUCACCUGUUUAAUACUCUAUCUAUCUCACAUAAAUCACAUACAUGUUCUCAUUGUCUUUUUCUGGAAGUCGCAUAUAAAGGUUUUUUAUUUCUAAUUUAGGAAACAAUUAACAUUCUUAAAUGCAAUUUAAUUAUCAAUUAUUAAAUAUAAUAAAUCUAUAAGAUCGCAAUUAUCUCCAUUAACCCCCAUUAUAUUAAAGACAUAUUAAAAAUUAUUUCUUAAAGUAUACUCGGUUUACCUUAUUUAAUUAUUGUCUAAAUAAUUGUGUCGUUUUGCAAUGAAAAACUUAAAAUGGGACGGAUGUAGUAUAACUCAUUACCAUUUUGUGAGUCAUUCCAUGAACCAAUGCAUGCUUUUUAAUGAACUGGAAAUUAUGUAGCACGGAAACUCUUGGGAAAAAGUACUUUUCCAGUUUCAGAAACUCCCGAAAACUCUCUGAAAACUCUUCAAAUAAGCGUUUUUUGAGCAAAAGUUGACGUUUCCCAUUUUUCGUAUUCUCAUGAUUUUUGCGUUCCCGUGCAACAGACUGGAAAAGAUUAAUUAUGUACUCCUUAAUACCUUAUUAAAGUAAUUCAAAAUUUGUACACUUUAAUUUUGAUAACCCUUUAUAAGAUCUUGCCCCCAAUAAUAUUUCUGGCUGGAUCCGCCACUGGGCACAAAGCCCCGACCAAGUCGGGCAUGAAGACAAAACUCCGACCAAGUCGGGUAUGAAGACCGGUCUUAGUCAUUCCUCGAGUGGCGACCGUUGCUUACGAAUGGCUCACACAUCCAUUCUACUAAGUAUUUUAUCAUUACAUUAACAAUUCACAUCUCCACUUGUUUCAAGUGACGAACUCCCGAUCGGGAACAUAAAUCCCAAGAGAAAAAAAUUUUAUAUGCAUGAUAAAUGUGUAGGUACGAAGAUGACUUUACUCAUUUUCACCUCGUCUCCACUCGCCUCAAAGAGUGGGGACUGGGAGACUGAGGGGUCUGAGUUUCUAGAUGAGCAGAAAAUAUCACGCAAGAGCAGGAACGAGAGCUGAGUCAGUUGAAGAGGAGCUGAGCUAGAUUGAUUAUGCCAGAGGGGAUUUACCUUCCUUGUUUCAUGUUGGGGGCGCUAGGUGUACUCUUUUUCCCUUUAUUAGGAUUUUUUCCCAUUGGGUUUUUCCUAGUAAAGGUUUUUAACGAGGCACCUCCCCAUCAUUGACAAGGGUGGUGGUCCCCCGGCCGAAGAGGAAGAACGUUGCAGAUACAGUUUGGACUACUCCCUUUCGCCUCGAGUACUCUCGACUCAGGGAGUGGGGGACUCCUGAUGGAUUAUAUGGACUCCGACCCCCCGGUAUGCCGACUACUAGGCCUGGACAGCGGCCCACACACGUUUAGCGGAUAUCAUUAAUAUUAUUGUACAUUAUUAUUAUUAUUCAGAUGUUCUAGAUUAGCUUUUUAUACUAUCAGUCCAUUUAUGUAACCGGGUCUGUCAGGCCCAUAUUAGAGGCCCAGACCCGGAUUUUCCCUAUAUAUACUCCUUAUAGGAGGCUUGUAACUGAUAUAACAAAUAUUCAUUCUAUACACAUUUCCUUCUUCUUCAUCAUUUCUUCUCUAUUCUUGUUCAAUCUCUCCUGUUUAUACAAUAUGGGUAUCAAUUAUCC